AAACAAUCUCUCUCUCCUGUCACGUUGCAAUGUGCGUGUGAGUGGCGAUUUUGCCCUCUGGGACUUUGUCCGGACGUCCUUUUAUGAACUCGGCUCUAUCUCUCUCUCUCUCCCCCCCCCAUCAUUGAUUGAUUAUCUCUUCCAGUUGUUUCUCGCUCGCCUUCUCUCUCCCAGAAAGGUUCAGGGAAGGAAUUAACUCUGUGGGUGAUGGAAAGGGCAUAGAUCUUCUCUCGAAUGACCAGAGGAAGAAGAAGAAGAAGUUAAAAGAGACACAUUUACGUUAAAAAAAUAAAAUAAAUAAAAGAACAGUGAAUCCUAAGAUGAAUGAUCUCACCCGUCUCGAACCAGAUUGCUCGGAGUUCGUUGAGGUUGAUCCGACCGGAAGAUAUGGCAGAUACAAUGAAAUCCUCGGGAAAGGAGCCUCCAAGACAGUUUACAGGGCGUUUGAUGAGUACGAGGGGAUUGAAGUUGCUUGGAACCAGGUCAAGCUCUAUGAUUUUCUUCAGAGCCCUGAAGAUCUUGAGAGGCUCUACUGCGAGAUUCAUUUGCUCAAGACAUUGAAGCACCAGAACAUUAUGAAGUUCUACUCUUCUUGGGUCGAUACUGCCAAUAGAAACAUCAAUUUUGUGACCGAGAUGUUCACUUCUGGGACCCUAAAACAAUACAGGGAAAAGCACAAGAGAGUGAACAUAAGGGCAGUGAAGCACUGGUGCAGCCAGAUCUUGAGAGGGCUUCUCUAUCUCCAUAGCCAUGAUCCCCCAAUCAUCCACAGAGAUCUCAAGUGUGACAAUAUCUUUAUCAAUGGAAACCAAGGGGAAGUGAAGAUCGGCGAUCUCGGCCUCGCGGCGAUUCUUCGAAAAUCACACGCUGUUCACUGUGUUGGGACACCGGAAUUCAUGGCUCCGGAAGUAUAUGCUGAGGAAUACAAUGAAUUAGUGGACAUUUAUUCUUUUGGAAUGUGCAUAUUGGAAAUGGUCACCUUUGAAUAUCCCUAUAGCGAAUGCACUCACCCCGCCCAGAUCUACAAGAAAGUUAUUUCGGGGAAAAAACCUGAUGCCUUCUACAAAGUGAAGGAUCCAGAGGUCCGGCAAUUUGUUGAGAAAUGCUUGGCCACUGUGUCACUGAGGCUCUCUGCGAGGGAGCUUCUAAAUGACCCUUUUCUCCAGAUGGAAGAUUGUGAAUCCGAUCUAAGAUUGACAGAGUUUCAUGGAGAAGUAGAUUCCGUAGACCCUCUAUUGAGGCAGCCAUAUCUCCAAUUAGAUUAUGAAGGGAAGUCGUUUAGUAACAGCUCCUUCAACGGCUACUCCAAUGGACUCAAUUUUGAAGCCUCUAAUGGAUGGGAGUACCAUUGGCCUGAAAUUGAACAGAGUGGAAUCGAACUAUUUGAAUACAAUGAUGAUGAAAACGACGAGCAUUCUGCUGAUAUUGAUAUAACCAUCAAAGGGAAGAGGAGAGAAGACGGUAGCAUCUUCCUAAGACUCAGAAUUUCAGAUAAAGAAGGGCGCAUUCGUAACAUCUAUUUUCCGUUCGACGUUGAAACUGAUACAGCAUUGAGCGUUGCGACAGAAAUGAUUGCAGAGCUGGAUAUAACAGAUCAGGAUGUGACUAAUAUAUCUGACAUGAUCGAUGGGGAGAUUGCUUCAUUGGUUCCUGAAUGGCAGCCUGGGCCAGGAAUUGAAGAAAUUCCCCGCUCUGGUACUUCAUGCUUCUGCCAGAAUUGUGCCUCGAAUCACACCUCUACCGGUUCCUUCAUGAACUUCCUAUCAAAUAAUCCAGGUCACAGAAACUUCCAGAUUCUGCAAUGUUCUGGAAACGGUUGUGCAGCCACCCAUGGUCGGUUUGAAGAGAUAACAUAUCAAGUCGAUGGACCUGAACACCAUCCUCCAGAAAGCGUGAACAAUCUAAAUUUAUCGAGCCAAACUAAUGGUUUGCAUUAUACAGGCAUUUGGGAUCACGAUGAAAAGCCUGAGUGCAGCUCACUGGACUCUCGAGAGUGCCUCUGUGAAGAAUCCAAAAAAUUGGAUCAACCAACUUCAGCAAAAGAUAAGACAGAACGAGGAAUGGAGCACAAGGAUUCAUCCUUCGGUGGAAAUUUGAUCCAAUCGAUAUCAGAUUCCAACUAUUUAACCGCGAUCCCUUCAUUGUCUCGUGAUGUUGUCCGUGAUUACCAGGAAGAAAUUCAGCAGGAACUGAGAUGGGUCAGAGCAAAGUACCAGAUGGAACUGAGAAAACUCAGAGAUCAACAACUGGGACUUGUACCAAGGCCUCCUCCAAAGGUUAAUUCGGAUUCGGUUGUUUCCAAGAACAAAAUCUUGAUCAAUGGGGUUUCAUCAAGUUCAAUUUUGAAUCCAUUACAAGGUGAGAUUAUCUUGAAAUCUCCUACAACUUUGCGAGGCCAAGUUCAGAUAAGUUGCCCCAGUUUGGAAGAAGCGCAAAGGGUUCAAAAAUGGGAGGAAACAGUUAGUACUAGCAACAAGAACUCACUUUGCUCGGGUUCACUGCUUUCACACACUCUUCACAGAACAACAUCCCUACCAGUUGAUUCUGUUGAUAUAUAAGAACAUUGCAAGACUCGAUUCAAUUCCCCUCCCCUUCUUUCUAAGUUUUGGGCUCUGGUUA